GAUCGGCCCGGCAUCAUGUUUCCCCAGAGACCAGAUUACGUUAGUGUAAAUAUCAACGAUGGAACGAGUUUUGCCAAGUCUACAUCGCGUAGCAUCUGGCGCCAAUGGAACCAGUUGUCCAGGUUUCAGCGCAAUAUCCUAUACUUUACUGUGAUAGCAGGUAUAAUUCUAUUGAUAUACUUUUUACCUGGCAAAACUCAGUUGACCACUGUUGUGGAUGAGAGUGAUUAUGACAGUACCAAGGUAGCUCAAGAACAUCAAAAAGUCAGGAAGGUUCAAGAAAAACAUGAGGCAAAUCAUGGAGACCGAGGAGGUGGUAUUAAUGUCGAGGUUAUAGAGGAACCUGAGUUUCAGCCAGAGGCUAAUCAGGUUGACAAUAAUCAGAUUGGGGAGCCUCCUCAGCAUCAAUUACAAGCACUCAAGUUUAACGGUCCAAAAAAUGACAGACAAAAAGCUGUAGUACAAGCUCUUAUGCAUUCUUGGAAUGGCUAUAAAAAGUUUGCAUGGGGUCAUGAUAGUGUCAAGCCAGUAUCAAAAAGUUAUCACGAGUGGUUUGGAUUGGGACUAACUAUUGUUGAUUCUCUGGAUACUCUGUACAUGAUGGGAUUGUAUGAAGAAUUCAAAGAAGGACAGGAUUGGGUUAAAAAAAACUUAGUCUUUGAUCGGAAUAGAGAUGUUAAUCUAUUUGAACUAACCAUUCGGGUACUUGGGGGACUACUAUCUGCUUAUCAUUUAUCUGGUGAUAAAAUGUUCCUUGAAAAAGCUGUCGAACUGGGAGAUAGAACGAUGCCAGCAUUUGCGUCACCUUCAGGUGUACCUUACUCGGAUGUGAAUCUUGGUAUGCGUAUUGCUCACGCACCCAGAUGGAAUCCAGACAGUAGUGCCGCGGAGAUCGCAUCACUACAGCUAGAGUACCGUGAUUUAAGUCGCUCUUCUGGUCAGCCACGUUUUGAACAGGCUGUCGCGAAGGUUUCAGAACACUUGCAUCAGCUUGAAAAGUUUGACGGACUCGUACCAAUUUUCAUCAAUGCCAACACGGGCUUGUUUCAAGAACACUCAGCCAUUACUCUCGGUGCGCGUGGUGAUAGUUAUUACGAAUAUCUGCUCAAGCAGUGGAUACAGACAGGAAGAACUAUUGAUUACUUGAGGGAUGACUAUCUGCUGGGUCUUGUGGGUACUGAAAAACAUUUAGUGAAACGAACUGCUGUAAAUAAACAUUUAUUUUUAGCAGAACUUAUUGGUGCCUCGCGAGAAGUAAAACCAAAAAUGGAUCAUUUGACAUGCUUCUUAAGCGGUACCAUAGUAUUAGGCGUUCAUUUUGGUUUACCUAAAGAGCAUUUGCAACUUGCGGAUGAAUUAAUUAACACAUGCUGGCAAACUUAUGCAAUUCAACCAACUGGUCUUGCUCCAGAAAUCACUUACUUCAACAUUCACAAUUCAAACGACAAAAACCAGAAUGAUAUGACUGUAAAAACGAAUGAUGCGCACAAUCUUUUACGACCUGAAUUUAUUGAAAGUUUGUAUUACAUGUGGUACUUCACGGGCAAUAAGACUUAUCAAGACUUGGGCUGGCGAAUAUUUCAAUCAUUUGAAAAAUACAGUAAAGUUGAACAUGGUUACACUAGCAUCGGUAAUGUGAAAAACAUUUACAACACACGUCCACGUGACAUGACAGAGAGUUUCUGGUUUAGUGAAACAUUGAAAUAUUUUUACUUAUUGUUUGAUGAUACUAGGCGAUUGAUUGAUUUGGAAAAAUGGGUUUUCAAUACAGAAGGUCACCCGCUGCCUAUUUAUGAAUCAUGAAAAUCUCAAUUGUAAGAUAAAAAAAACCAUACCACUCGUUCAGUAAUCAGUAAAAUCGUACCUGUGGAGUGUUUCAAUUAGGUUUGUGAUAGAAAAAAACGCAUUUAAACAAUAUUCAUACUUUAUGUAUAUAAAUGAAAUCAUCAGCUUCCGUGUUCAUAUGCAUGGGGUUGAAUAGUUUGUUUUGAAACGAUUUUUUUUUCCAAACAAAUGUGUAAAAAGGUGUUUUUAUAAGUGCAUGUGAACAUAAUGAAGAAAUGACUCUUAUUCGAUACAUUUAUUGUACAGUCAAAAAAAAAGCUAACAGUCAAUUUGCUGUAAACAGAUAGCUAUAAAUCGUAAACAUGUUUAUGCUAUUACAAACUCUCUGUGGUACUUAUGAUCUGAAGUAUUUUUACUUUUACUGUACGCAAGAGCUGUUCAAAACCGUCAAUCAAGAGUCAUUAUUCGUUUUCUGAUCCAUUUCAAUUGAGUGAAUUCAUUAGAGUGUACGAUUACAACUCAAACGAAAUAAAAUUCUGAAUAAAACUAUUUUUAAAUCAUAAAAUUAUUUUUUUUUUAUUUAUAACUUUUUGGAUUCCUACUCGAAUAACGUGCAUCGUAAAUCAGAUUUGCUUCGACGUCAAUUUUGUAUCGAGGAUAACGAAAUCAUAUAGUUAUUGUUUUACAUCUCGUUGCAUCAUGAGUUUUUCAUUCUGAUUCAUCCUUAAAGUUGUUAUUUACUAUCUUGGUUUGUGCAUCAAAAGAAACGAGUUUCCCCUAGAAAUUUUGAUAUGUUUGAAAAAUAUUGUAAAUUACCUCAUUAUCUAAACAAUUCCAAAUACGUAUUAAGUGUUUCAAUGUGAAUGCAAAAAGCAAACACGCACUCAAUUUCAACGUUGAAUCGAAAUAAAGUUAUAGCUGAUUAGUGAACGGCUCUGGCUGUACAGAUGUGGUGAGAUCUGUUUUAAUUGAAAAGUAUUUAUAUUGCACUGCAGAAGUGAUAAAACUUUAUAUUAGUUUUUUAACCUUUGAUUAUUUCUACGCAAGAUAAUUAAUAGCAUUGAAUCACAAAAUGUCCAAAUUUUGUUCGUACAUGAUGAGUGUUUAGGGUAUGAUAAGCAAAUGUAUAAAAAUAUAGUCAAAUACACCUCUAGUCGUACACCUGAAUGCAAAACAUAAUUAAUUUGCAAAUUUUUAAAGUGGCUCAUACAUUC